GCUGCGGGGAAGUGGGGCGCGUGUGUCCGGUUCCCCGGGCAACGCAGCGGUCAACGGACCGCACCCCGGGCCGUUGACAGCGACGCUGGUCCACUGUCGUGCCGCCAGCACGACCGACCGUGCCGGCAUGGCCAUCGUUUCAGAGGGCGGCGCCAUGCCGACUAAGCUGGGAGACCAGGCCACGACGCCCACCACCAAGCGGAAGAACGCCUCACUCGGCUUCUUCUCCAACAUCUUCAAGCGGAAGCGGGAGGAGCCGGACCCGGCACAGGUGGUGCACUCUGCCGGUGAAGAGCCGCCGUCGCCGCGCGAGGCUGGCGCGGUCAGCGAUGACGCCGCACCUGGCCCGGAACCGAUCGUCAACAUCGAGCAGGACCUGCAGCGGCUGCAGAUGUCGCGCCAGGACAACCCGUUCCUGCAGCGACUGCACAGCAGCCGAGAGGAGCUGCCAGACGAGGAUCAGACCGACGACAGCCAGCUGGUGGUCCAGGACCCGGCGUGUAACAAGGAGCUGGCGCUGGCCGAGAUCCACUCGCACCUGGUUCGCAGUCCGCCGCCCAUCGCCUGGCCCCGUUCGAUCAAGUUCGACUUCGGCGACAUACACGAGUCGGCGCGGAUUGUGGAGGUCGUACCAAGAUCGAACCUGCGUCCGCUCGCGUCAAAAGAGAGGGACGAGGUGAUGGACCAGUGCUUGCAGGAUAUACUGCAGACACAACGGUCGCUUCCGCUUCAAAAAGCAUCGACAGUUGACGAGACGUUCACGGGCCGGCUAAGCCCGUGCAGAAGUCCUCCCAAAGCGCCUCCCUCAGUCCGCUGCCUCAGCCCCAGACGAGGCCGGACGCCGCCCGACCGCGUCCUGAUGACCCAGCCGGCGGCGCCGGAGUCCGCCGCUCCCGACGCCCGGCUGGGCACGCCCCUGGCACCGCUCCGGCCGCCGCGACGCUCCGUUCAUGGUCAGUGGCCGGCCAGGGACGUGUUCCUCGACGUCGACGGGCAUUUUUCCCGCCACCUCCACUUCAUCCAGAAGGGUUUCGACAUGGCAUCGACGGUUGAUCGCGAGGCGGCCAUUGGUGAUGGAGAGCAGCAGCAGGUGCGGCCAGAAGUGAUCGGCGCCCGGCUGCUGGCGGAGCUGCCGCGACGGUUGAUCGCGAGGCGGCCGUUGGUGAUGGAGAGCAGCAGCAGGCGCGGCCAGAAGUGA